GAUUCUGUCACCGCGGGGCUCCGUGUGAUCGUCCUUAAGGGCAAUAUUGGACCCAUGAUAGGUUCUUCGAUGCAAGGAGCUGCUUUGAAGACGCCUCAGUGGAAAGGUUCUGGAGGUCCGGACCGUUGCCUUAGUCGGUGCAGUGCAGCAGACGUUCUGGAUCGCCUGAAGGCUAUAAAAGGGCGCCGGUCCCUCCUCGAACUGCUAUCCCCAUCAGCAUCAAUCCAAAGCACCUCUUCCUGCCUCAUCCAACCCGAAUCCUUCGUAUCUCGAAGCCAAUUACCCAAGUCACCGUCAACAUGAAGUUCAUCGCCAUCGCCGCCCUCGUCGCCACCGCCAUGGCCGGAUACCCCGGAUCCUACAGCUACGACUCCAAGAGCGACAACACCAAGAUCACCCAGACCAGCGCCCAGAACACCUGUGGAUCCAACACCGUGAUGUGCUGCAAGGGAUUCAACCAGGACCACGGCCUCACCCCGGCCCAGGAGGAUGAUUUCUGGGGCAAGAUGGGCCACCGCGGCGAUGGAAAGCUGCAGGGCGGAAGCGGUUGCAGCCCUUGUGGUGAGCAGAAGAACGAGGGCAUUGCUUGCUGCAACGGGAACAAGAACAGCGGUCUUGACCUCAUCCCCUGCGUUGCCAUUGGCGAGAUCAACAUCCUGUAAAGGAGCCCGGGGGUUGUGGGUGCUGUCGGGGACCCCUGUCAAUAUCGGUCCCCCAGCGACUU